AUGCCUUCAACUGAAGGAGACUUAGAUCUUAGGCAAUCUUCUCAUUCUUCUGCUUUCACAACCGGAGAAAACGCAUUCGCAGAUGUAGGGAAUUUGGAACACUGUGCGAAGUAUUUGAACCAAUCGCUCGUCACAUUUGGUUUUCCUGCUUCGCUCGAUCUUUUCGCAAACGAUCCUGUUUCUAUAGCGAGGACUUGCAAUUGUAUAUACUUUUUGCUUCAGCAGAGACAGCGCGAUGUCGAAUUUAGAGAGUCCGCGAAUGAACAAAGGCAACGAUUGUUAUCUGAUAUAUCGAGAUUUGAGGCGAAAGUUGAGAGGCUUGAAGGGCAAAUACAAGUGAAAGACAGAGAGAUAGCGACAUUAACUAGGAAGGAAGCUAAAAAUACUGCAGCUCUUAAGGCCACAAUUGAUAAGCUGCAACAGGAGAGGGAUGAAUUUCAGAGGAUGGUUAUUGGUAAUCAGCAAGUAAGGACUCAACAAGUACAUGAGAUGAAGAAGAAGGAAAAGGAAUACAUAAAGUUGCAGGAGAGACUAAACCAAGUGUUGAUGGAGAAGAAGAAAGAAUCUAGGUCGGGUAUGGAGAUAAUGAAUUUGCUUCAGAAGGAAGGGAGGCCACGUGGGACUUGGAAUGGGAAGAAAACAGACAAUGAUUUUUAUAAAAAGAUUGUGGAUGCUUAUGAGGUGAAAAAUCAAGAACUGAUAGCAGAAAAUGCUGAUUUAAGAGCAUUAUUGAGAUCAAUGCAGGUGGAUAUGCGUGAUUUCUUAAAUGCUCCUAAUGGACUACCAAAUCAAUCUCCCACUCCAAAUGAAAGAGCUGAAAGUAAUCAUUCGCAAUCUCCGCUGGUUGGGAGAACGGACGUAUUUGAUCUUCCUUUUCACAUGGCCAGAGAUCAAAUUGAAGAGAGUCUUAGAACCAAGAUGGCUUCUAUAAAGGAGCGCAUGGUCCAAUUGCAAGAUGCUCAGAAAGAGGCAGACGUCACUUCGGAAGCUACCGAGAGGGAACUUGAGCUUGAAGCUCAACUUGUCGAAGCAAGGAGCAUUAUACAAGAGCAGGAAUCUAUAAUGGCUAAACAUCUUUCAAAGUCUGACAGACCAAGGGAAUCGGCACCGGCUGAGGGGAGUAUGUAA